AGUGGGAAGGGCUGUUUCACAGCUGUAUGAAGAACUCGUGUGGACGCUGACUGCAUGGGUUUGACCUAUGUUGCAAAAAACAUUUACAGUCUUCUGUCAACGAUUUUUAUUUAUUUCGGGUGAAUAUGGGAGGUAAUGGUCCUAGCCAAUUUGCACAUGAAGGCGAUGGUGAAGGCGGUGGAGUGUCUUUUGUGAAGGGCAUUCGGCUGUCAGACCGAGUUGUCCACAGAAUGAAAGAGUCUCAAAAGGUGGCCAGACCUCAUCCAUCUGAUAAUAAACAACAAGCGCCCUCACACCCUGAACCAGAAGCAACCGCGCCCACAGCCCCGGCACCUUCUGCUGAGCACGUCUCAACACCGCCGGAAUCUCCCAUAGCUCCACUCAUCCCCACCCUACCUGCCCAAGAACCGACGGCUGCCUCAACACCUCCCAUCGCCCAGCCCAUAAAACUCACCACUCCUCCGCCUGUGAAGUUCCAUUCGGCCCCUCCCCCUGUUGCACACCAAGAGCCUAUGAUGGAAACCAUGACGGAGCCUGUUGCCAUAACGAUGACCUCCCCUGUCCCCGAACCCGAGGCAACAUCUAAACCGCUUUCUGAACCUGAAAUGGUUCUUCCCACAUUAGUGGAACCCAUCACCCAAUCUGUACCUCCUCAAACUGAAACUGCUCUUCCUACCCUGGUGGAACCCAUAGUCCAAUCUGUACCUCCUCCCCAAACUGAAACAUCUCUUCCAACCAUAGUGGAACCUACAGUGCCUCCUCAAACCUUAGUGGCUCCUCCUACCCUGGUGGAAACUAUAAUCCAAUCUUUAUCUCCUCCUCAAACUGAAACAGCUCUUCCUACCUUGGUGGAACCUACAGUCGAAUAUGUACCCCCUCUUCAAAUUGAAAUGGCUUCUCCUGCGUUGGUGGAACCCAUUGUUCAAUCUGUACCUCCUCCUCAAACUGAAACAUCUCUUCCAACAUUGGUGGAAUCCACAGUCCAAUCUUUACCUCCUCCUCAAACCGAAACAACUCUUCCUACAUUGGUGGAACCCAUAGUCCAAUCUAUAGUGCCUCCUCCAACUGAAACGGCUCUUCCAACCUUGGUGGAACCAAAAGUCCAAUCCAUACCUUUUCCCCAAACUGAAAUGGUGCUUCCUACGUUGGUGGAACCCAUAGUCCAAUUGGUACCUCCUCCUCAAACUGAGACAGCCCUUCCUCUCUUGAAGGAACCUAUAGUUCAAUCUAUAGUGCCUCCCCAAACUGAAGUGGCUCUCCCUCCCUUGGUGGAACCUAUAGCCCAACCUGUGCCUACUCCUCAAACUGAAACCGCUCUUCCUAUGGGGAUUGAACCUGUAGUCAAAUCUAUAGUCCCUCCUCAAACCGUAGUGGCUCUUCCUACCUUGGUGGAACCGGUAGUCGAAUCUGUACCACCUACUUUAAUUGAAACAGCUCUUCCUACAUUGGUGGAACCUAUAGUUGAAGCUAUAUCCUCUCCCCAAACUGAAAUGGCUCUUCCUACGUUGGUGGAACCUAUAGUUGAAUCUAUACCCUCUCCCCAAACUGAAACAGCUCUUCCUACCUUGGUGGAACCGGUAGUCGAAUCUGUUCCACCUACUUUAAUUGAAACAGCUCUUCCUACAUUGGUGGAACCUAUAGUUGAAUCUAUAUCCUCACCCCAAACUGAAAUGGCUCUUCCUACUUGGGUGGAACCUAUAGUUGAAUCUAUACCCUCUCCCCAAACUGAAACAGCUCUUCCGAUCUUGGUGGAACCCAAGGUUCUCCUCUCUGCUCCAGUUGAACCUCCACUCCCUACUGAGGCUGAAGUCACUACUCCCUCUCCACCUCAUCCCCAAACAUUGCAACAGUGCGCCAUAGUCGAAGAGCAACAGGAGACCCCAUGUGCUACUCCAGUGGCAGAACCUACUCUCAAUGUACCUCCCAUUCUCCUCCCGGCUCCAGUUGAAGUGGUGACUUCUCCCCCCAAGCCUUCUGAAGCCAUCCUCGUUACCACCAGCGUCGCUCCAUCUGUGGAAGACAACAUCACUGCUGUUCCAGUUCUGUCCUUUGAAUCUGUUGCUCCUCCAAGCCCCGCUUUCAUCGAUAUCGAGCACUGUGUGGUGUCUCAGACGGCAGUCUCCGAGCCUCCAACCCCUGCAGAUUUACCCCAACCCCGUCACUCCAUGGAGGUUUCUCUCUCAACCUAUGAAUCGGCGGCAGCAGAACCCCCAACGGAGCCCAUAGACAUGGAGCCGCCCCCGCAAGACGCUGAGGCCGAAGUCCAGAGCUCAACUUCCCUUCCUGCUACUGAGGAUCUGUUUCCUGUAUUCAUCUUGCGCCCGCAACCUGUGCCUGAUGUCACAGUGGAUGAAGACGAGCUCAGGAGGAAGGUCAAAGAGGCGCUGCAGGAACGUCUGGCUGAGGAGAUCACCCAGAAGAAACAGGAGCUUCAACUACAGCUGGAGGAGGCCAAGGCGAAGGCCAGGUCCGAGGCAUGGGCAGCAGCCCAGCUACAGAUCCAAGAGAUGGUGAAGCAGACCCUGGAGGCAGAGAAGGCCGGCCACGUGGAGCAGCUCAGAAACGCUCUCCUGACCGAGCGCAUGAAGUGCGAGGACGAGCGGCUGAUCGCCCAGGUGUAUGCCCAUAAACUCGAUGAAAAAGAGAGGGCAUUGAAGGAACAAGACCAACGCUUCAGGGAACAUCUCGACAAACUGGAAGAAAAAAGGUCUCAGUUCUACAAAGUCAGCGCCGAGAACUUCAAGAAGGGACAAGAGGAGACUCACGCUCGUUUUGCGCGCUACAACGUCAGCCCGGCGUGCGGUGACCUGCAGAGUCGUGUGAUGAACUGUUACCGGGACAACGCGGGCCAGGGCCUCGUCUGCUCCCCCAUCGCCGCCGCCUACAUGCGGUGUGUGGCCGACGCCAAGCUGCAGCUCACAAGCUCACAAGCUAACAAGCUGAGCACCGGAGGUUAGCGCGGUCUGUGGUAAGGACUUUGCAUAUUGUGUCGCUCCUUGCGUGCACAAGAAAAAGAACAAGCACAGGUUCUCACACCGCAAGGGAAACGGAGGACACGCAUCCACAAGACGGCCCGACGGCGAUUCUUUUAGAUACAGAGAUAGUGACGCACGCCGACCCAAAGACUUCUAUCCACUCGUCCAUCAGUCCCAGGCGUUCCUGGGGUUAUUGUGUGCAGUGAUAACGGUGUGCUGUUAACUCUCACUGUAAAUAUUCAAUACACUCCAUGCUAAUGACAACAUCACCCUUAUCACCUGUUACAUUGAGAGCUACGGCCGGCACAAACAUGGCCCUCGACAGAAGAAAGUGAGAAUGAUCAAUAGAAAUUUAAACCUCAGUGUCAUAGAGUUUUAGAUUGUAGUUUUUCUUUCUUGUGUGACUUAAGAUAGGCAUUUAUUUUGGUUUGCCUGAUGAUAAUGAAAUGAAGUAUGUGUUUAUGUUUUGUGAUCCAACAUUUGCACAUGUGCCUUAUCCUCUAUUAUGAUCAAUGUAUUGGAAACUGCGUUUGUUGAUUGAUUGAAAAUGAUUUGAAACACCUGCAGCCGUGUUCUUUUUUGUCUUUCAAAACACGGUCAAUGUUAUCAAUCUAUAUUUGGUUUUAUCUUGAAUAUAACGUCAGAUAGUACUGCCCUCUUGUGGAUCUGAAACAACUCGUGGAAUUGUUUUUUGUUCAGAGCAAGUAGCCUGCAAUGCCGGUGAGUGAGGUAAGGUUUGGUAGUUAUCCUGCGGCAAAGGGCAACACUUUGAUUACGUUCAACAUUAUUCAAGAGGAUAGUAUGUAUAUGUUAUUAUAUAGUCGCUUGUUUGGGUUAUAUUUGGGUCAUCCUUUUGGGUUGGGUAUUUGUCUUGUUGUUUUCCUGUCGGGGUUAUUCAAUGUUCUAGUACAUAUGGUCGCCAGAUUGUCUCCAAUGCCAGCGUACUCUUCCUGCAUACCGCCGCGGAGGGCAGAAGCACCUGCCAAGGAAGCGCUUGUGCGGUACAAUGACAAUGUAAGUUUACAUAUCGACGUGUGCUGUUCUGUAAUCUGCUAGAUUCAAGUCAAGGUUGUGAGAUUCGAAGUGAGGGAAAAUACGACAUGUUGGUUAUUUGGUUAGUGAGAGAGGGACCCAACCUGUAGAUGAUCAGGAUCCCACAAUUGUCAAUAUUGGUGUUCAGACCGAAUUUCGUGGUGGAUGUUUGUUUGCAUGCUCGCCAUUGGUAGAUGGUGGAUAUUCAUUUAGCAUUAUAACCUCAUUCUGUUAUUUAUCCUUCAUUUAUUUAUUUUUGUUUUUUUAUAUAUAUAUAUAUAUAUAUAUAUAUAUAUAUUGAACAGUAGUCUCAAAGAAGAAAAUAAUUUAAUUACUUUUGGAUGAAUAGGCUAACGUGGAGCUAUUGUGAUCGACGUUGAACUUAUUUGACAAUAUCUGAUAGUCAAAAGGUUUGGAUAGGCCAGACUAUGUUGUUGUUUGCUUGUUGAGCAUUAUGAUUAGUAUAUGCAUGGAUAGACAAUGAUAUUAGAAAAAAAAUUGAGCAUAUGCAGGAUUAGCUAGAAUUGGGUUAUGUUUUAGUUUUUAUGCAUCUAGUGUGGCUGUUAUAUAGUGCUUCCAUAUGGGAUCACUUUUCAAUAUAAAAUGUCAUUAUUCAAGGAUAUAAUCACAUCCAUAAUCCUCCAUAAAUGUAAAGGCCCAAAGAACACUCUGGAUAAGCAAACUGUAUUAACCUCAUGACAGGCUUGAAUGAUUCAUGAUUAUUGAGGUGUUUUUUUGUUUUGUAGAAAAAGUGUUAGAUAUAGCUCUGACUCAUGGCAAGCCAACAUUUAGGUGCUGCGUAUGCAGUCAACGUCACACGGACAUCUUUCCAAUAAUAAUCAAUUAUAACAGUGGGGGUGGACUGCAGCUUUCACAACCAGUGCUCAUGGACCUAUUGGCAGCCACGCCUCCCUCGUCUAUAAAAAGGAACUAAAGUUCCCCAGUGAUCUGAUACAAACAAACCCAAACACCUAGCAUGUUAACACAUGCUAAAAAUACCAUAAUGUUCCAAGCCUUACUUCCCCUGAUAUUGUUUGUUGAUUCUCAGCCUUGUUUUGAUUGAAUAGGGACCAAUUAUCUAGUCUUAGCUGAAUAUGUAAGAGCUGUUCUCAAACAGCUCUUACAUAUUCCAUGUCAACAUUGGUUCAAAUUAUGUUUAGAUAAAAAACUGUUUGUUUACAUGAUGGCCUUGUGUUCCUUGUCUGAUUCUAGUGAAAAAAAAAACAUGUUAUUUGAAAGUAAGACAGGAUGUGUGUGUGUGUGUGUGUGUGUGUGUGUGUGUGUGUGUGUGUGUGUGUGUGUGUGUGUGUGUGUGUGUGUGUGUGUGUGUGUGUGUGUGUGUGUGUGUGUGUGUGUGUGUGUGUGUGUGUGUGUGUGUGUGUGUGCGAGUGCGUGCAU